AUGAAUCACGUUUUCAAGAAAGAGCUAAAGUUUGAAGGAUUUUCUAUUGAAGCAUGUCGCUCUAUGGUUGCAAUGAUGGAUUUCGACGAAUCCGGAAAGCUUGGAUUCGACGAGUUCAUUCAAUUGUGGCGCAAUCUGAAGAACUGGUGCGCAGUGUUCCAAAAACACGACAAGGACGGAAACAAAACUAUUUCAGCCGGAGAACUAAAGGAGGCUUUCCGAGAAGUGGGCAUUAACGUUAAUCGGCAGAUACUUCGAAUGCUGGUAAACCGUUUUGGUCAUCACUCAAAGAACACGGCGACCAUUGAGGAUCAGCUAUAUUUUGACGACUUCAUUUGUUGUUCACUGAAAAUGAAACGAUGCAUCGAAGUGUGGAAUAAUAAGAAGAACAAGCAAAUAGGAAUUCCGAAUGCCUUCUCAAUGUUUACCCGCAAUAUUCUCGAUCAGUCAUCUGCGCCCAACGAAUCUUCUUUCACCCUCGAUGAAUUCAUGCGAAAUGUCCUUUACACUUAA